GUAGAAUACAACCCUAGAGCACAAAACAUUCUUGGUUUCUUAUUCUUCUUCACUGCCGAGUUUGUGCGUUUUAACUCUCCUUUCUCUUCCUUCUCCGCCGCACCAACCGUUUUUUCUUUCUAUCCAAUUUUCGUACCCUGAUUCUCUUUCGUUCAUCGAAACACGAAUCUGCGCUUAUCGAUCCAAUUAUUCGUGCUUUGUUUCAACGCACGAAAAAACCCUAAUCUGACAAAUGGGGAAGAAGAAGCCAUCGGCACGUGACGACGAGAAUCCUCCGCAGCAAGGCGGUGGGAAAUCGAAGAAAAAGUCUCAAGUCAUCGACGACGAUGAAUACUCCAUCGGAACUGAACUUUCAGAGGAGCCAUCCUUGCCGCAGCCAGAAGAAAAGCAAGAAAAGCCAGGAAAAAAGAAAGGUAAAAAAGGUAACUCUAAAUCUUUACAAGCUAAAGAUAAUGGUGAUGAUUUUGAUGAGGAGAACGACGAUGAUGUGCCUGAAAUUGUGUUUGCUGGGAAGAAAAAGGGGAAAUCGAAGAAAAGUGGCAGUGGGAGUGUGUUUUCUGCUGCGGCUGGUUUUGGUUUGCUUGGGGAUGAGGGGGAAGUUGAUAAUGAUGACGAUGAAGAGAAAUCUGAGUUAACGGGUAAUGGAGAUGAUGAUGAGGAUGAACCAGUUGUUAGUUUUACUGGGAAGAAGAAGUCUUCAAAAGGAAACAAGAAGGGCAGUUCUUCGUUUUCAGCGGUUAGUUUUGAUGAGAUUGAUGGAGAGGAUGAGAGUAAGAAUGAUAAGGUAGAAGACGACGAUGAUGAGGAUAUAGGACCAAUCACUUUCACAGGUAAGAAGAAGAAGUCAUCCAAGUCUUUGAAGAAGGCGGUUAGUUUUUCAAGUACAGAUAUUCCGGAUGAAGAUAGUGUUUCUGUAUCUGAGUCUGCUAAGGGUGGCGAAGAUAAAGAUGAAGACGAUGUUUCCUUAGUUGAAUUUACUGGUAAAAAGAAGUCAUCUAAGAAGAAAAGUGGUAGUGCUGCUGCUAAAGUGAGUAAUGAAGAUGAGUUUGGGAGUGAAAGUGUAGAUGUUGUUGAGAGUGAGAAACCUAGUGCUAAUGUUGACAAUGGCAAUAUAAGUAAGAGUGAAGAGGUUGUUGGAACUUCAAAAAAUAAGAAAAAGAAUAAGAAGAAGAGUGGGAGAACUGCUCAAGAGGAGGAGGAUUUAGAUAAGAUUCUUGCAGAGCUUGGUGAAGCCCCUCCUACAGCAAAACCUUCUGCUCCUCCAAAGCAGGAUGAUAAAGUUCAGCCUGCUCCGGAAGUUGGUUCUGUCCCUGGUGCUUCAGGGGAAAAAGAGGGAGAAGAGGAGAUUGUAGAAUCAGCUGCUGCAAAAAAGAAGAAAAAGAAGAAAGAAAAGGAGAAGGAGAAGAAGGCAGCAGCAGCAGCAGCCGGAAGUUCAACGGCAAAUGAAACGGCAGAAGUAGAGGCUGAGACAAUUGAACCAAAGAAAAAUGAUUUGAAGUCCAAAGCAGCUGCUGACAAGAAAUUGCCAAAGCAUGUUAGAGAGAAGCAAGAAUUACUAGCUCGAAGAAAAGAGGCUGAAGAAAAACAGAGAAGAGAAGAGGAGGAAAAGCUAAGGAAAGAAGAAGAGGAGCGACUAAGGCUAGAGGAACUUGAGAGACAGGCAGAAGAGGCUAAACGUAAAAAGAAGGAAAAGGAAAAGGAAAAACUUCUGAAAAAGAAGCAAGAAGGUAAAUUGUUAACUGGUAAGCAGAAGGAAGAAGCCCGGCGAUUGGAGGCAAUGAGGAGGCAGAUUCUCAAUAGCACAGGGGGUGUGACUCUCCCCGCUGGGGACAGUGGUGCACCAACCAAGAAACCCAUUUAUCAGACGAAGAAGGGGAAAUCAACUAGUCGAAAUUAUAAUGGUGCUGCUGCUGUCAAGACAGACCACAGUAUUGAAGCAAAGGAAACUACUGCUGAUUUGGAUUCAGAGGAACCAAAGAAGGUUGAAGAAGUGGAGUCGGCGCAGAAGGAGGAUAAAGUUGAACUUCCGGAAGCUGUUGAAGAGGAUAGAGUGGAAGAAGAUGAUGUUGAGGAUGAAUGGGACGCCAGAAGCUGGGAUGAUGUCAAUCUGAAUGGUAAGGGUGCAUUUGCUGAUGAAGAAGUUGACUCUGAGCCUGAAAUGAUUGUCAAAAAAGAGAUUAAAACUGGCCUACCUGCUAAAAAUGCUGCAGGUGCUACAAGUAAAACUGUUUCGAAGCAUGUCGCCGAAGAAAUUGAAGAUAGAAAACAGGCCAAAGUUGUGGUUGAGGACAAAAAGAAAAAGCCCGACCCACAACAUUCUGCUGUGUCUUCUAAGCCGAGUGAUGCAAACCUCCGAUCACCAAUAUGCUGCAUCAUGGGUCAUGUGGACACUGGCAAAACCAAGCUUCUGGAUUGUAUUCGAGGUACCAAUGUUCAAGAAGGUGAGGCUGGCGGUAUCACCCAACAGAUUGGCGCAACAUACUUUCCUGCUGAGAACAUACGUGAUAGAACUAAGGAAUUGAAAGCUGAUGCAACACUGAAAGUUCCAGGUCUACUGGUUAUUGAUACCCCAGGCCACGAGUCAUUCAAUAAUCUGAGGUCUCGGGGUUCAGGUCUAUGUGAUAUUGCAAUCUUGGUUGUUGACAUUAUGCAUGGCUUAGAGCCACAAACUAAAGAGUCACUUGAACUAUUAAAAAUGAGGAACACAGAAUUCAUUGUUGCAUUGAAUAAGGUUGAUAGGCUUUAUGGCUGGAAAACAUGUCGCAAUGCUCCAAUUCGUAAAGCAAUGUUGCAGCAGUCUAAGGAUGUUCAAAAUGAGUUCAAUAUGAGGCUCGAACAGAUUGUUACCCAGUUCAAGGAACAGGGGCUAAAUACUGCAUUGUAUUAUAAAAACAAAGAAAUGGGAGAAACAUUCAGCAUUGUGCCCACAAGUGCAAUAAGCGGUGAAGGAAUCCCAGAUAUGUUAUUACUAUUGGUUCAGUGGACCCAAAAGACCAUGAUUGAGAAACUUACAUACAGUGAUGAAGUGCAGUGUACAGUUUUGGAAGUCAAGGUUAUUGAAGGCCAUGGAACUACUAUUGACGUUGUUUUAGUUAACGGCGUCCUUCAUGAAGGAGAUCAAAUAGUUGUACCUGGAAUGCAGGGUCCAAUUGUUACCUCAAUUCGAGCUUUAUUGACACCUCAUCCAAUGAAGGAACUUCGUGUUAAGGGAUCAUAUAUCCAUCACAAAGAAAUCAAAGCUGCGAUGGGCAUCAAGAUCACUGCCCAGGGACUUGAACAUGCUAUUGCUGGCGGAAGUUUAUAUGUGGUGAAGCCUGAUGAUGAUUUAGAAUAUAUUAAAACAGCAGCCUUAGAAGACGUGGAGUCAGUCUUGAGCAGGAUUGAUAGGAGUGGUGAGGGCGUUUGUGUCCAGGCAUCAACCCUUGGCUCAUUGGAAGCAUUACUGGAGUUUUUGAAAACUCCAGCAGUGAAUAUUCCAGUUAGUUCUAUAAGCAUAGGCCCUGUACAUAAGAAGGAUGUGAUGAAAGCCAGUGUAAUGCUUGAAAAGAAACGAGAGUAUUCCACUAUAUUGGCAUUCGAUGUCAAAGUCACCCCUGAAGCCAGGGAACUUGCAGAGGAAUUGGGCGUUAAAAUAUUUAUUGCCGAUAUCAUUUAUCAUCUAUUUGAUCAAUUUAAGGCUUACAUGGAAAACAUUAAGGAGGAGAAAAAGAAAGAAUCGGCUGAUGAGGCAGUCUUCCCAUGUGUUCUAAAGAUCUUACCAAACUGUGUUUUCAACAAGAAGGAUCCGAUUGUUUUGGGAGUUGAUAUCCUUGAAGGCAUUUUAAAGAUCGGAACUCCAAUUUGUAUUCCAUCCCAAGAUUUCAUUGACAUUGGACGCAUUGCCUCCAUUGAGAAUAACCACAAACCAGUUGAUUAUGCAAAGAAAGGGCAGCAAGUAGCCAUUAAGAUUGUUGGCAGCAAUUCUGAGGAACAGCAGAAAAUGUUCGGCAGACAUUUUGAGAUGGAUGAUGAACUUGUAAGCCAUAUUUCACGGAGAUCUAUUGAUAUUCUCAAAUCUGAUUAUCGGCAUCUUCUUUCACCGUUUUUGAUAUUGUUUAAGGUAAAAAAGUAAAUUUUUUCUGAUUUGAUACUGUUUUAUACUUUUAAAAUGUUAAAAUUUUUCUUUCCUUUUCCAAUCUUUUGAACAGCUAUGACACCACCUCCUAAUUCCUAACCAUCGUCAUCAAAUGCUCAAUCGGUGUCUUUGCCCGAGUGUUUCUACCACGAGAAUUUCUAGGAUGGGAUAAUUAAGGCUUAUGUUUUUUAUUUCUAAUUAUGAAUAUGCUUCAUGAAUUUUGAGUAAUUUAUUUUAGUUUUUAACUAUUAUGUGUUUAGAGAAAAUGGGUGAUGCACUGAAAGUGUAAAAUUUUUUUACACUGUUAACCAAUCACGACUUUGUUAAGCGCCAAGUCAUACUUUAAAUCUUAAAUUACUGAUAUGAUGUGGCAGAAUAAAAUGUUUUUACUGGAUGACAGUGUAAAGAUUUUUUACACCGUCAGUCCUUUUAACUCGUGUUUAUUGGUAUUAAAUAUCUUAAGUGUCCGCGUCUCUAAAAUAAUGAUCGUUUUGUUCCGCAUUUCCGGCCGCGCCCUGCCCGCUUAUCGAGUUUAACAACAGAGGAUAAAUGUAUCCAUCCAUUAACAAUGUGUAUUUAACCACCAAACACAUCAAACUAGGCUUCUCUUUACGUUCAUGAGCAGACCUGACCUGAUAUUGAAUCACCUUGUUCAAAAACACAUCAACCUUCUUAUGCAAACGUUUCAUCUUACCCACCAAACCUUCCAAGUUCAUCCAACCAAUAAAGGGAACAAAAUCACCAAUGUUAACUCCAGAUAUUAUCAUGAAUUCAUAACCAUUUCCUUAAACUCCUUCAACUCGUAUUUUAUUUUCAAAUAUACGUUUGCUUAGUACAACUUGACUCACCAUAUUUACUGUUGCAUAACUCAAGUAAUCACCAAUCUUUAGUACUUCACCUUUUUUUCCCAAACUCAUGAAUGGAUCUCACCAUUUGUUUAACUUCAUUUUCUCACAUUGAUGGAUUUUGUUGGAAU